AACCUACACCACAGCUCACAGCAAUGCCGGAUCCUUAACCCCUGAGUGAGGCCAGGGAUCAAACCCGCAACCUCAUGGUUCCUAGUCAGUUUCGUUAACCACUGAGCCAUGAUGGAAGUCCCAAAUGCACUGUUUUUAUAAGAUCAAAUAUAUGUAUUCAUUCCAAUUUCCAAAGUUAAUGAUAGAUGCUUUCUGGAGAAUACCUGUACUUUUUUUACUGGUACCUCACAAUCACAUAUCUUCUUUCUCUGGUGCAAUCUGUGACUUUUUAGUGGAGAGAGCUACAUGAUCUGUGAUUUAGAUUGUUUACCCAUGAUGUUACCGGAGGACAGUAUUUGACUUCCUUGAACAUAUUUUUAUAUUACAACAUAUAGAGUACCCAAACUAAGACUUUCUUUGGGAGCUCCCAAGGCUAAUGAUGUUUUUUCCUAUCACUGAAUGUGCUGGGAUUGUUGCUGUUGGUACUGAUUACAUUAUUGAAUUAACUAAAGUAGAAUGACUCAUUUGCUGAAUUCGCACAUCUGUAGGUGUAUUUUUAUGUCUUAGGGUAGAGAUUAUGGGCACCCAGAUUUAAUUGUAUAAGAAUGUUUCAAGAUGGUAGAUGAUUCCAAGAUUGAAUUAUGACUGGUGUUAAUAAGGGUAGAGGUUGUGUUUUGUAUCAUAAGCCAUUUUAGUACCAUUUUCUCAGUAUUUGCUAAAUACACACAUACACACACAAUCUUGAUUACUAUAAAGAUAGAUGAUAAAUAGAGACGUAUAGAUUCUUGGAUUUCUGUUCCUGAAAACCAGAAUGCAUGCUUGAAAGUGACUUUGUCUAAUUCAGUGUGAAAUAUGAGGUUAAAAUGGAUGACAUUUUCUAGAAAUGGAAGGGAGUAAUCUGGAGUUCCCUGGUAGCUCAGUAGGUUAAGGAUCCAGUGUUGUUGCUGCUAUGGCUUGGGUUUGAUACCCGGCCCCAGAACAUGGGCGCGGCCAGAAAAAAAAAAAAGAGAAAGAAAGAAAGGGGAGUCUGAGAUUCAGUUCAUCUUGAAUGACAUUCCCUGUAGAUCUGAAAAUUGUUAGGAGAAUGUUUAUGUUUAUGAUGUUGUGACUUACAGGUUAGACUUGAGGUGUCAUAGUAAAACACCAUUAAUGUUAUUCUUAGGAGCUAGAUGUUCUCCUUGUAUUCUAGAUUUUCUGCUUCUAUAGCAAAGUAUUUUGGUAGGUCAUUAGUGAUGUCUGUAAGGUUGUAAAGGAAAACGUGAACUGUCCUUAGCAGUACAAACUGGUCCUUCAUAAAAUGGGAGGAACCUACCUUCCUGCUUAUCCUAUUAUUUUCCCAUGCAUACCCUACAUUCCACCUUUAAGGAACCACUUGCUUCUGGAGCCUGCCAUGUUCUUUUAGGCUUCUGUGCUUUAGUUAUAUUCUCUUCUUGAUCUGGAUUGUCCUUGCCCUAGCAAAUUCCCAUCCACUUUUUAGGACUAGUGAUCACCUUCCCUAGGAAGCUCCCUUAUCGCUUCUUUCUCCUUCUGCUCUGAGUUAAAUGUUCUGAUAGCACUGGUGCAUGGAUCUGUAUGUAACUCUGCCAUGUUUUCUUUUUCUUGUCUGUCUCCCUUACUGAACAGUGAGCUCCUUGCAGUCAGGGAAUGUGUAUGUCAUCUUUAUUUCUUUAACAUUUAAGUCAGUGCCUGGCAAAGAGAGUUGGUGUUCAAAAAAAUACCACUGUUGAAUGCUUUAAUGUGUAGAUAGAAAAAGGAAUGAAGUCAUUUUUAAUUUUCUCCAUAAUAUUAAUAGCUGUUUACAAAUCAUUUUUAUCUUUUAAGUAACCUUUUGUUAGCUAAUUCAAAACUAUGUCUGAAAUAAAGAAAUGUUACCUAUUAAUAUUUUAGGUUUAUCCAUUGGAAAAUGAAUUGAUAGCAGUUUAAAUAUACAUAAGCAUGUGCUUAAUCUUUCUUGAUCAUCCUGGUUUUACUUGUCUCUUACAGAGAAAACAAAAAUGAGAGGAAUCUGGUUUAAAUUGCAAUGCAAGGAAUUUAGAUUAGACAUAAAGAGUUUCCAGAAAAUAAAGUACCAGAUAUCGAAGUGAUUUGUUAAGUCAGCAAACAAAGAAAACAUGGUAUUUUGAAGUAUGAUUAAACUCCUGAUGCUGCAGCAGUGGCUAAGAAUAUUAAUGGCCAGAUCUAGUGCUCACAUGGUCUUCUGAAGAAGCCAUGGGUAGCUGUUGUAGCUGUCCAGAUAAAGACACUGUCCCAGAUAACCACCGGAACAAGUUUAAGGUCAUUAAUGUGGAUGAUGAUGGAAAUGAGUUAGGUUCUGGCAUAAUGGAACUUACAGACACAGAACUGAUUUUAUACACACGCAAGCGUGACUCGGUAAAAUGGCACUACCUCUGCCUCCGACGCUAUGGCUAUGAUUCAAAUCUCUUUUCUUUUGAAAGUGGUCGAAGGUGUCAAACUGGACAAGGAAUCUUUGCCUUUAAGUGUGCUCGUGCAGAAGAAUUAUUUAAUAUGUUGCAAGAGAUUAUGCAGAAUAAUAGUAUAAAUGUGGUGGAAGAGCCAGUUGUUGAAAGGAAUAACCAUCAGACAGAAUUGGAAGUCCCCAGAACACCUCGAACACCUACAACUCCAGGGUUUGCUGCUCAGAACUUACCCAAUGGAUAUCCUCGAUAUCCGUCAUUUGGAGAUGCUUCAUCCCAUCCCUCAAGCAGACAUCCUUCUGUGGGAAGUGCACGCCUGCCUUCAGUAGGUGAAGAAUCUACACAUCCUUUGCUUGUGGCUGAGGAACAAGUACAUACCUAUGUCAACACUACAGGUGUGCAAGAAGAGCGGAAAAACUGCACAAGCGUGCAUGUCCCAUUGGAGGCAAGAAUUUCUAAUGCUGAAAGCAACACGCCAAAAGAAGAACCAAGUAGUAUUGAGGACAGGGACCCUCAGAUUCUUCUUGAACCAGAAGGAGUCAAAUUUGUCUUAGGACCAACCCCUGUUCAAAAGCAAUUGAUGGAAAAAGAGAAACUGGAACAACUUGGAAGAGAUCAAGUCAGCGGAAACGGUGCAAAUAACACGGAAUGGGACACUGGCUAUGACAGUGAUGAACGAAGAGACGUACCCUCUGUUAACAAACUGGUGUAUGAAAACCUAAACGGGCUCUCCCUCCCCAGUGCCUCGGGGCUCAGGAGAGGGCGUCUGCCCUCCACCAGUACCUCAGACACCCAGAAUAUCAACAACUCGGCUCAGAGAAGAACUGCAUUGUUAAACUACGAAAAUCUACCGUCUUUGCCUCCUGUUUGGGAAGCCCGCAAGCUAAGUAGGGAUGAAGAUGACAAUUUAGGACCAAAGACCCCAUCUUUAAAUGGCUACCAUAAUAAUCUAGAUCCAAUGCAUAACUAUGUAAAUACAGAGAAUGUAACAGUGCCGGCAAGUGCUCACAAAAUAGAAUAUUCUAGGCGUCGGGACUGUACACCAACAGUCUUUAACUUUGAUAUCAGGCGCCCAAGUUUAGAACACAGGCAGCUCAAUUACAUACAGGUUGACUUGGAAGGCGGCAGUGACUCUGACAACCCUCAGACUCCAAAAACGCCCACCACUCCCCUUCCACAGACCCCUACCAGGCGCACAGAGCUGUACGCUGUGAUAGACAUCGAGAGAACUGCUGCCAUGUCAAAUUUGCAGAAAGCACUGCCGCGAGACGAUGGUACAUCUAGGAAAACUAGACACAAUAGUACUGAUCUGCCCAUGUGAGCCCGGAAAGCAUUAUACUGUUUGCACCUUUGUGAAGUUUUUAAAAAUGAAGAUGCAAGUGCUUCAUUUUUAUUUCUAAACACUAACUCCUUUUAUAGACUUAUACAUUUUUUUUUCUGAAUAUUUCAUGUGCUUCUUUAAAGGGAAUUAAUAUAGAACAGGUACUCAUUAAAGAACACUAAUUUCAUUAUAUACUACUCAUUACUGUACAGCAGCAUUCCCAUUUUCACAGUGCCUAUUCAAAAUGAGGGUUGAAAUGAGUGACAUGCUGGUCGAUUUUUAUCAAGAUUCUGGACUCACGCAUAUCAUUCAUAUGUAAGUCAUGGUUGGCAUUUAAAACAUUUUAUAAAGCCUCUUGAUAAUGUGCAUUGCUGACAGAUAACUCUAGGCAUUGAAAGUAAUAUUUGUAGAUUCACUAUUCAUGGUAUGUGGCCUCCAGCAUGUAACAUGAGGAAUCUUUUUUUUUUUUUCCAUUAAUUGUAGGCUUUUUGACUUGAGCCAAAACAUAUGUAAAGGAAAUAGAAGUACCACACCUCCUUAUGCACCAGUCAGUUCCUUUGCCUUCAGCGUUUCUAGAAAGAAUCCAGCGCACAUGACUAUGGUUUGCCGUUGAUGUGUUGAAAGGCAGGAAAGAGACAAGGUUUUCUGUGUAUUCAUCUCAUGAUGUCAUUUGAAGGGCAUGUCCAGAUAUCUUAAUCAGAAUUACAAAUAGGCUCAAGAAUCCGUCUCAGGUCACUUUACCCAAAAACAUUUGAAAAUCUGAACCAUGAAUCUCCUAAAAGUUUCUCUCCUACAGAUUAUUAACCAUAGAUAGCAUUGUUUUCUGGAGGCAUUUGUGCCAUUAGGUUGCCAUUUACCUUCAUUUGUUUCCUUUGGUGUUUGGGAUGUCUAAUUUUGUUGCUUCAUGUCUUUUUCAGUUUAAAAUGUUUGAGUUUGUAUAUAGUUUUGAAAUUGGAUUCUGUGUUCAUUGUUGUUUAGUUUGCAUCUUUGUCAAAUUAUGGUUUUGAAGGUUCAUUUGGAAUUUACUGUUAUUCUAUAACAGGUUUGCCCUUGUCCAGUAUUUAUUUAUAUGCUGUUUACUUUUCAAGCUGAUAAAAGCAUUCUCUCAAUUUUAAAUUUCACUUGGGUCCGUAGGUGAUCUCUUUAGCAGCUGAGGGAAAAAAAAAAAAAAAAAAAAAGCUCCUUUUAACAUGCAUCAAGUUCCCUAAAGGUACUGUGUUUCUUCGGUGAGCACUCGCCCCAGCACUUUAGCAGGAUUCCCCUCCGUCACAGUGCUGCUCAGCUCUGCUGCCCUUUCAUUCAUAGCUGGAUCUUGGAUUAUCCCUUGAUUGCAAUAGAAUGUUAACCAGCAUAGCAGGUACAGUGGAAGUCUGUAGCAAUGAGAUUCCUAAUUUAGGAUUGAAAAUGAAUUGAGGUUUCCGUAAACUGAGGAGAAUCCCUGUGUCUAACUCUUGGAAAAUCAAGAAUUUUCCAGUUUCCCAAACCUCAGAGAAGACAAGAAAAAGUAGAGUGGAAAGAAGGUUUGAUAACCGUGCAAAAUAUUUCAGUUUCCUCAAAAUAUGAGGACGUCUGAGAGUAUGAUCUGGAUUUACCAGAUGUAACUAAGGCUAAUUUAGCAUGAAAAAGUUUCAGUCAUAUAUCAUCUAAUCUGUUCCAUAAAUGGCCUCAUUAUAGGACAGUGAAUGGACUAGCAAAAUAAUAGGGUGGGACCAUUAUAAAGAAAAUAAAUUAUUAAAGAUGUCUAUCAUUUUCGUGCCAUUGGUUUAUGUGCAUAGCAGAAUUUUCUUUCUUUUUGCCUGUGAAUUUGGUGCUUACUUAAGUGUUCACUGUUCUCUAAAGAGAGCAGUAGUAUGGAUGUGCAGUUUCCAUUUUUAACGUACUGUUCCAUUUAUACUUUUUUCUGAGCAGAUUGCUAAUUGUGCCAAAUUUGUAUGAUGAAUUUUGUAAUGUGGAAUAAGAAUCAUGAUGGAACCAGUGCACAUGGUUUUCUCCAAAACAAGCAGUCAAGACAGAACGUGAACCUCCAAAUGAAAGGGCUGACCUAUUUUCUUUCUCAUUUUGGAGGUUGGAUACUUUCUUUUCUUUCUUUUCCUCAUCCUUUUCAUUUUUCCUUCCAGAUUUGAUUAGUUUUUAUAUUUUUAAAGUAACGAUAAUAUAACCAUUACAGUUUAUUCUUUAAAUAAUGUGUGCUUUAAAAACCAAAAUGGGACCAAUCUGUCUGCUAAGAAUUUGAUUUUAGGUACUACGAGUAUUAGGAAAGAUGUAUACAACCGGUGUUAACUUCUAGAAGUCUCUGGAAGUCACCUGUGUUCUUAUUUAAUAAGUAACAUAGAACACUAUUUGUCCUUUGCAGUAGUCUAGUAAUGGGCAUUAAGCUCUGUCCUGGAAGAAUGUACCAAUUACUAGGUGCAUUUUAGAAUGAGAUACUGUCUUGGGAUAUAAUUGUGGCCAUAUGUUUCAGGUUUUCUGAAACACCUAAUUUUAGAUACUCUCUUCUUUGAUAGUCCGUCUGAUCCCACUUUUUGGUUCUGGAAUUAUAAUCAUUGUUCAUAUGUUUUCCCUCUAAUAGAAUCCUCUUUUAUCCCUAUAGAGCAUAACAGCUUUUAUCCCAGACCGGGGCUGGAAACUGAUAUGGGUAUUACCUGUAUUUUUUUCUUAGUGUGUUUUAUUUCCCUGUUUCAUCUAACUUUAAAAAUGAAAAUAUGGUGCCUUCCCUCCCUCCAGGAAGAUUGGCAAAUAGUUCCUUUUAUUUACUGCUGCUGUGGAGUGAUGAGAUAUGCACUUUACUCUUGAAGACUCAGCAAAAAGCUUUUCACUUCUCAGUAUAUUCAGAAUAGAUCACAUCUGGGACUUAAGAAAAUUUGCCAAGCAAUCUUUGUUUUUAUAGAUAUUAAUGUUGACCCCACAGUUCAAUGUUAAGUCAAGCUAGUGUUUGUUUAUCCCCCCCAGAGCUGUGGCACAACAUAUAAAAGUGUACCUCAAUAAUGUUCUAUUAAAAAUGGGACAGGGGCCUUAUGUUUCCAUAAUUUCCCAAUAAUGUGCCACCAUGUUUUUGCCUCAAGGUAAAGGUUUUAACAGGCUAAAAAGUAUGUCCCACUUCCCUUUUGUGCUGUUCCUAACCCAUAAUGUCCAAGUGUUUUGUGCAAUGUGUAGUGUGUGUGUAUAAAUAUAUAUAUAUAUAUGUAUAUAUACAUAUAUAUAUAUAUAUAUAUCUCCUUGAAAUGGACAUAACGUUAGAGACGACAUUCAAAGUAACCUAUGUAUUGGCAUCUUUCAUAUUUCUGAUAGUGAGGUAUAUGGUACUAAUUACCUUUUCCCUGAUAUUUGCCAAAUUUGAAUAAAGGCAUUGGUACGAAAUCACAGAAUGUACAGAAAAUGUUUUUGGCUUGAAAAAUUAACAAAUAUUUUAUGACAUACCACAGUAUACUCUGCCCAAACCAGCAACCUGUCUUUCUUGUUCUUCACAUCCCUCUUCUUCAUCCCUGUUUUUUUCUUUUCUUUUCUUUUUUUUAACACAGUUCUUUUGUAGCAUCAUUACAAUUGCAAUUCUAUGACAUUUGGACAAUAAUAGCAUGGUAUUAAUAGUACAGUAGUCACCGGUGUGCCACAUUUGCAUUAGUAAAUGCAAAAUAUACAUUUUAUAAAGGACAAAUUUUGUUAUGUUUUUAUUUUCAUUACAUUGUAUAAUAUUGUAAGAUUAUUGUAUGUCCUAAUUUGCAUUAUAAAUGUUUUUUCCUACGUAAAGGCAUAAAUAUAGCAACUUUGUAUAAAGGUAGCUUAUUAGAUUUUUAAUUUUUUCUUUUAUAAAAAAUUGUCUAACAGUGGGACUACCAUUGCCAAAUUGUAUAUGAAAUAUGAAUUUUACCCCUAUGGUUAAUUUCUUUUAUAAACAUUCCAUAUAUCUCUAAUAAAAGACAUAAGUGAUACUGUACUAUGCAUAAAUUGUAUUUCAAUGCUGUUUCAGAUCAGCAUUUUAAAUUUUGGUUUGCAUUUUUAAUAUUGGCAAAACUUACCACUGUUGAUUAAACCUUAUUGUAUAUGUAACAACAUCUUUUGCCCUCUAUCCCUCCCCACCCUUGUUCUCUAUUUCUCCCUGUCAGUGCCAACUUCAUACAUUUUGUAGCAUGGCAAUAAAAUAUAACUUUUACACUGAG